AUGUUGCUGCCCGUAGUGCUCUCACUGUGCUGCUUCCCUUUUCACAAGCUCGGAGUACUCAUUGUGGUAUUGCUCCGCAUCUUGCGCAGGUACCACGACCUGUACUUGAAGGCCAAGGGCAACGUUUUCAAGAACAAGCGUGUCCUCAUGGAGUACAUCCACAAGAAGAAGGCUGAGAAGGCCAGGACCAAACAGCUCAACGACCAAGCGGAGGCCAGGAGGCAGAAGGUUCGCGAGGCCCGCAACCGCCGUGCCGAGAGGAUACAGCAGAAGAGGGCAGAGAUGCUGCUUUCCCUCCAGAAAGAAGAGGCCGCAGCCGUCAAGAAGUGAAACUGCCGCACUGGUGUGGAGGAGAAAUAAAAAUGUGGACUGUUCAUACUGUA